GCAGUAACAUUGUUGAAUGAAUGUGAAUUUGUCUCACAAUGAGCGAAUUCACUAUCCACCAUCAUGUCAGUGAACUUAUGACAUUGUUAGGGUAAGUACAUAGUAAUUCAGAUAUAACUGAUGGGUGCUUAAUAAUUUUUAGAUAGCGAAUUCCUGAUGCUACAAAUCUUUUUUUUUUUAAUAUUAGCUGAUAAUUAAAUCACUUAACCAUAGAGUAUAUCAAUAACUACCAGAACUGAAAGAAAAUCUGAAUUUUAGACUAAUAUGAUUAGGCCCUCAGAUAUAAAAUAACAUUGAUAAUGGUUGAUUUAAACCUUUAAAUCUUUACUCAGACCAUUUAAAUGACAAACUUUAAAGCCAUCCCCAUUUAAUGUUAAUGUUCAUGAAUGCGUGUGCAUGAGGAUGUACAUAUUUUUCAAAAUACUUUUUGUACCAGGAAUAAAAUAUAGACAUAACAUGAUUAUAGCUAAAGAUUUCUUUCACAUUAUAAUCAGGGUGAGAUCAUCUGACCCAAUAGGAGAAGAGGUGUACACAGAGAAACUUCUUAAAAGUAGAACGCCAUAUGUAACCACUCAGGUCAGGAUUUAUUUUAAAUAAUAUUUUAGGUAGUUUCAUAAUGAUAUGGACCAGAGUUGCACCAAUAAGUUGGCUGAAAAUUAAUUAAAAUUGUUGUAAUUUCUUAUUUAUAAGUUUUCAUAAUGAUUUAAAUUUAUAGGGCUUAUAUUGUGUUAACAAUGAGUAAAAUUAAAUUAGUAUUAAUAUUAUUAUAACUUAGUGAAGAAAAAGUAGUUAGCUCUCCCAACCAUUGUAUCUUUGCACCUAGACUUGUAUAUUGUCAACAAAUUAAUUUUUAAUUGUCCCGUGACACAUCCGCAAGUUCCCGGGUAACUCUCCAUAUGCUAGUCUUCAUGAGCAGACCAUUUAUGAUUUUUAAAAAAAUUUCUUAGGGGAAAGCAAAAUUAUAAAAAUAAGUUCUUUUUUAAAAACAAGAAAAUUAACGGCACCUUUUCAUUGUUCUUAGUGAAAGCCAGUCUCUUCUAUCAUCUAUACCAGGCCUGCACAACAUAUGGCCCGCGGGCCACACGCGGCCCGCGAAGUAACAAAAUAUUCUUUAUUCUUAUUAUUUUCUUAAUAGCUUUCCCCCCGUCCUAUUUUCUUGUGGCCUGCAAAAUCCUAUUUUCUUUUGGCCAGCACAAGUUUUUCAUAAAGUAUUACGGCCCACCUUACAUUUUGAGUUGUGCUGGCUUGAUCUAUACUAUUGACUGUAUGUAUAUUUAUAACAUUUUAGUUACAAAAGUGCCAUUAGUACAAACUUUUAUUUAAAUUUUAGGCAGUCUUAUCUUCCUUCCGGAUUAUUUAAGAGUGAUGUACUGGUCAAGUCAUAAAAGAAUUAGUUACUGUAAUUUCAGGUUUCGUCAAGUCAUGCUAAAAGAAAUAUCGCCCAGGCUACAAAAACACCUAUUGAAUUUUUAGCCAAGUAUGAUGAGCUGAAAGAGAAGAAGUAAGUCCUUUCAACUUGGUAAAUCUGUUUUCUAGUCAUAUCUUAUGUUUAGUGACAGUUUCUCCUGUUUAUUAUAUUUAGCCAUAUAAAUGAAACAUCAACAUCUUUAAUGUUCGUGCAUUUUUCAAACAGCCAUUCAAGUUCUACACAUUUGUAAACAAAAGAAAGAUCAUGCACUUUGCUCUGUGUAUUUUUUUUUUACAAAAUAUAAUUUGUGCAACGGGCCAAAUAUUUAUCAGUUGCUGCCAUAGGACUUUUGCCAAUGUCCCAAUAACUAGCCUGUCCCAAUUGACCUCUUCGUGUUAAACACUGCCCAUUUUUUUCAUUUCACCAUUCCUUAAAACAUUAUUUCUGUUUUAAUUAUUAUAUAAAAAUUGCUUGGAAUAUUUUGCUAUGCCUCUUCAUAUAGUUUUUAAAUUAAUUUGCUUUCAGUGUCAGAGAACUGGAUCCCUUGCUAUGUUUCCUGUCAAAACUCAGUGAGGAGGAAGAGGUAAAUUUAAAUAUUGAAAUGAUUUCACCUGCUGGUGUGUUGAAUUCAUGUUAAAUGAUAGAACUUUAAAAAAUCCAGCUUACAAAUGAACAAGAAUUCCACCUACUUUGUUAAAGCAUGCCUCUGUGUGAUUAUUUCUGGGACCUACAAUUUUUAGUAAAAUAAAUAUAGAAUAAAUGUUAUAUAAUGUGGUUUUAGAUAAUUAGACACGGACAACGCCACUGUAUGUGUAUAUAUAUAUACAGUGGCGUAGCUAGGGUUGGUGUCACACACCCCCCCCCCCCCCCCCCCCCCCCCCCCCCCAAUUUCCAUGAUAGUUUUUUUCUUGUUAAAAUAAGUCUACAAUAUAACAAGAACAAAAACAAAUAAAUCGAAGUUCAUGAAGUUAAUAUAUUUUAAAACGUUAAAUUAUAACUGUAUUUACUUUAAAUUUACAAUUUAAAAAUUUCCUUUCCCUGUCUUCAAAGCUGCAAACCUGUCAAUUACAUGAUCAAAAUCAAUGUUUUUCACUGUAUCACUUUCAAUUGAUAGCAGAGCCGCAUCAGAAAACCUUGACUGUCACAUGGUGGAUCAUAAAUAUUUCUUGAUAAGCUUUAGUUUUGAAAAGCUCCGCUCACAUGGAGCCACAUACACACACAUGUAAGAAAAAAAUUAAAGGCUUAGCGAGAGUAUUGGAAGAGAUUCUGGUACUUCCUUGAUCACUGAUGAUCUGAUGUGGAGUUCAGAAUGAAAGCGAUCAAUACACUCCAGCAUCUCCCUACUGUUUUCUUCUCUAGAAAGAGUUCAGCAUCUAUUAAUUAAUAGUUCUCCUGCCAUUCUCUUCUUAAACCUUAAUCUUCUCUCUACCGAAAUUCCAUAUUGGUCUCAUUUUAAAAGUGCCUUAUCAAUAGCAUGUUCCACCAAGUGACGACGCUUCUCGUGCAGAAGCAGUCUUAAGGCCUCUAGGUUUGUCAUCACUUUGUCAAGAGUAAUCCCAUAAAUCUGCAGAUACUGCUGUAUAAUAUUAACUUCCUCAAGUAGAUCAGCCCAAAGUUAAAGGUAGCAGAUAAACGUGAAAUCACAGACAACAUGUAAAAGAUCUUGAGCUUAACCUCUUGUAUGCAAAUUUUUACAAGGUGGUGACAUAGAACUUUAAUCACCUCCCAACAUUCAUUAAACUCAUCUUUCACUUUUUUAACAGCAGUAUGAUGAGCACUCCAAAGCGUUGUUGAUAUUCUUUUCACCGAUAUUAUAGUGUGCUUAAUUAGAACAUUCCAUCGAUUAUUGGAUGCAGCAAAGAAGGAAAAUAUUCUUUAAAGAGUACCGAAUAAUUUAAUACAUGAAGCAUUUUCUGCAAAAGAGUGUUGACCACAUAAGUUAAGUGAAUGGCCCACGCAUCCUUUAAAAAUUGCAUUCUUAUUAUUUCUUUUUCGAAUGGCUUGAACACCUCUAUGGAUUCCAUACAUUAUGACAGCAUUAACGUAACCCUGAGCUCUGAACAUCAGUAUGUCUAGUCCAUCACGUUUUAGUUUGUAAGAAUCUCAGAACUGAGAUCAUCAGCUUUUUUUCAAUCUUAACGGGAAAAAUGCAAGAAACAUUCCUCUCACUUUAACUUUCCCCAUUGUGGAUUAUCACAUAUUUGAUCACAACAAAAAUCUGGUCACUGUGUGAUAUAUCAGGUGUACUUUCGAACAUAAUCCCAAAAUACCUCGCAGGCUUUAUAUCCAUGAUAAGAAUCUCCUUCACAUGAUUUAAAAGGACAAUUAUAAAUUCAUUUUGGGUUUCUGGUGAAACGUAAGAUACCUUUUGGGUUUCGAUAUAUAAUAUUAUGUGUCUUCAAAAAACUUUUCUUUAUUUAAAUAAAAAUAAAAAAUAAUUAAUCAUUAAAAGAUUGAAAAUUGUGUAAAAUAAUAUAUUUUUAACCCUAUAAAUGGGUAAAAUUCAUUUUUAAUGUUUUUAAUUUUUACCAAUUUUUAUACUUAUAACCGCCCGACCACACUUAUUUGGUAUCAAUGGAAAUCCAUAUUUCUCAGAAUUUAGAUAAAUAUAGCCUGCUGUCCCUUAAGGAAGUUACCGAGCACUUCAAACGGGAUGGAAUAAUGACUGUGUUUUUCUGACCUAAACAUAGGGUCAUCUGAUUUCUGAAGCAUCAAUCUUGAACUUUUAAUAAAGCACGCAUUUGGAUUGGUUACAUUUGUUAAAAAUGUAUUUGUGAUCGGUUAUCCUUUUAUGAAUCUUGGUUAGACCGAGAACCGUGUGCUUUGUGAAUAUGCAAUUUUUCAAUCGGGUGUCACCCCUAAAAUGGUGUCACCCGGUGCGGUCCGCACCCCCCUCGCUACGCCACUGUAUAUAUAUAUAUAUAUAUAUGUAUAGAUAUAUUAUGUAAAUUUAAUUUAUACUUGUUUCUUUUUUUUUUGUUGUACUGAUGAAGGUAUGUGCCGAUAAUUUUACUUAUGUAUUAUGUAAAAUUAUUGUUAAAGCUUAACUUAUAUUGUUAUAUUGACACAAAUUGUCAUUGUCUGAUUAAUCUAUUUUAAAGCUUUAUGCAGUCCAAUACUUUUUAUAAUUAGUUAUAUAAUGUUGUAUAUUUGAGUGUAUUUAAUAUCUUGUAUAAAAUGUUAAUGUAUUUCUUUUAAAAAUAUUUAGACCAAAGAGUUUCUCUCCAAACAUGGUCUUGACAUAGCAGAAAAAGAAAGAAUGACACUGAUGCCUCACAGUAAGAUCACCUCUCAGCUUCCUGCCCCAGGAACCAAAAUGACAGAAGAAGAGCUAUCAGAGGUUUCUUUCAAGACUUUCAUUCAUUUUCUUUAUAGUAAACAUUAACUGCAAAUGUUUCACUUAAAUAAUUUAAAAAAUGUCAAACUACUUUUAUAAACAUGCUUAAAAGUUUGAUGCUUUGCACAAAUUUUCAAUUAGCUUUCAUGAUUUUUUAAAAAAUGUUCAAAUGAAAAUUAAAUAAAGAAAUAUCUCUUAUUACAGAUCAAAGACAUUUUACUCAAGCAAGCCAAUGUUGUGGAAAAUCCAUCAUCUGACUUUCUGGUUAAAGUGAUGAGAGAAAAAACACUUACUCGCAAUGGUGAGUAAAAUUAUAAAAAUUAAAGCAGUAGUUACAUUUUGUGUACUCAUCUUUCUUGUUAGAUGUUCUAAGAGACAUUUUUUCAGCCAGUUCAUAAAAAGCUUGGAAUCCUGCUGGUAAGUCAGUUUUUUCUUAUGGAUAUUUGGUGGAGCCUGGUUGUUACAGAGUGUCUGUAAUAGCUUUAACAAUGCCAUUAAAAUAAAACAAUCCUCCUCUAGGAUUAGUAAAUUUCUUUUGUAAUACAUUCAGGAAUUUUAGCUUUGAGAUCAGUAAUUUCUAAAGUGUGUGGCCUGGCAUCAGUGGCGUAGUGAGGGUGAUUGGCGCCCGGGGACAAGAUUCGCGCCCGGGGACAAGAUCCAUCUUUAGCGCCCCUUUUUUUCAACCCUCAAACCCAUUAUUUUCAUCAAUAAAAUAAUAUCAAAGCACAUUUUAGCGCCCCUAACUAGCUGGUGCCCGGGGACAUCUGCCCCCACCACGCUACGCCUCUGCCUGGCAUGAGAGAAUGGCUGGUGCAAUGGGAGAAGUCACAUGUCAUCAUUUUUUAAAUUUCUUGUUAAAUUUACAAGGAAACUAUCAAAACUUUCUCUUGCCUUAAGGCCUGUAUCCUGCCACCAGUUGUAAUGCAUCCAGGGUCAUCCCCAUCUAUGAUUAAAUAUUAAGUGCACAAUAAAAGCACAAUGUACAAAAUGAUCAUCCAACAGUAGUGCAUUAUAUUUAAAUGUUCAUAACAUUUGCGGUAUCAAAGAAUUAAAGUUUUAUAGCCAAUAACUACUCAAGGUGUGCGUUUUAUUAGUAAAGUGCUAAGAAGCAGAAUGUAGAUGUUUUUAAGGUUUCACUUGAUUUUUUUGUUGUUGUUGUUUUAAUCAGUUUUUAAAGUAGGGCCUAACUGUGGACUUAUUGACUAAUUAGCUUGCAAAGAAAGUAAAAAAAUUGUUAAAAAUCUGUUCAGUUUCUUAAAUUUUUGUUUUACAAACCUUUCCUAUUUCAAACUUAUUUCAGUGAAUAUUCCUCAGCAACCUGAGUGGCUCUUUAAAAGAUCUUAUCUUACAAUGGACUUUAUUCCUGGGGAAGAUUCCUUGCCGAAUUCAGUAAUAUUUUUUUGAUUCUCUUACAUUUAGAAUUUCAUUGAUCUUUAAUAUAUCAGAUAGUUUUAAAAUGAUGAGUCACUUGUCUUUUUUGGUAUUAUUUAAACGGUUGCUAGUGUAUGAGUAUGAUGUAAACACACCUGUCAAAGAUUUUUAUAAAAAUUUUGAUUCAUUUUGGUCAAUUUCACAAGUUGCCACCAAUAAUCAUUUAAAAUAAUUUUGUGUUGGCUAUUUUUCAGGGUAUUGUUGCUUUGGGUAAAAUGUCUGUUUUUGAACAGGAACAAGCUGUCAUGGAGGAUAUUUUAUUGUGCAUGAGGGUAAGGUUUAAAAUGUGCCCAUUCAGUUUAUUAGAUUUAAAUUUCCACAAGGUACCCCACAAUUGCCAACAGCUCUAUAUGUCUUACUUUCAGCCAUCUUAUUUAUAGUAGACAAUUAUGAAACCUGUGAGAGUACAAUUUAAAAUUAAAAAGGGGGGGGAGGGGGGGGUCGUGUGUUUGUAAGCAGUAAAGUAGUUCAUUUAUUGUUUAUUUUCAGGAAAAUUUUACUGUUUUAUAGAAUCAUACACUCCAAAUGUUUUUUAAAAAUUAAAACUUCAAUUUCCAGGGACUUGAGAGUAGAUACAUUGUUUCCAGACCUCUGCCUGAAAGCUAUGCACCCAGAGAAUUCCUCUUUGAUCAAAGUUUGGGUAAAUAUUAUUUUUCUCUCCCUUCUAUGGUAUUUUUAUUUUAAAUUUAAUGUUUUAAGUAUCAACAUUUCUGACUUAAAUUGCAUCUCCUUAGCAUUUGUAAGAUGGCUGUCACAAUUACUCAGUGUUUCAAAAAUAAGAGUUGAAUUUAUUUUUAACUUAUUAAUUAAUUUACCAUUAUGUAGAGGAAAUUGCCCCAUGUAGCUGUCAUUUUUAGUGUGAUCAAUUUAUAUCAAUCGCAUCACAUGGUGGAAGAAUUAAAAGAAUGCUUAAAUAAACUGAGUAAACAUAAAUUUGAAAUUAGACUGUGUAUAUUUAAAACUUGACACGCCUGUAAAAUUAUUCAUCAGGUUCUUUAACCAUAUCUUUACUACAAUGUAAUUUCAGAUCCUUCUGUGCAAGAACUUGUCAAAAGAAUUUUGCCAGUAUGUUCAAAUUACUCUGCCGUCGUAAUGUUUAUAGAAGGCAAGUCAUUUAUUUUCAUGCCUACCAGGUAUUUGCAGAAUAGCUGAAUUGAAAUAAAUUUUAGCAAGAUUCUUUUGCAGGUACAAUCUAUGUCUUUCAAAUUAUUAUUAAUGGUGGUUGUAUCUGAGUGGGAGGUAACAAUGUCUUAGGUAGGUUAAAAAUAAAGUUUUCUUUCCCUUUUCUGAAUUUUAAUUUUUAAAAGUAUUUUCCAGAAAAAUCUUCCUUUGAAUAUGGACUUGUCAAUCAUGCUCUAAGUCAAGCAAUGGAAACACUGAUAAAAGUAUGUGAUCAUAGAAGUAAAACAGUUAAGUCUCUCAUCAAGCUUUAUAUGACUUCUACCUUUAACUUGUAACAAUUUUAAGACAUUAUCAACAUUUUAUGCAUUAUGCCUCUUAAACUUAUAUAUUUUUGGUUGUGUUUAUGACGACAGGAUUACUUAGUAAUGGUGGCUCAGCUGGAACAACAAAUGUCUUUGGUAAGAUUUUUUCUCUUUCAUUUCUUUACAUUUCUCAUUAUGUUUUAAAGUUUAAAAACACACAGAUAUCUUGCUUGCUGAUUUAAUAAUUCACAUAUUUCAUAAUUGAGACGCAGUUAUUUUAAAAUGAAGAGCAAUAUUAUUUCUUAAAUGAAAAAAGAAAAUUUGCAACCAACCUAAAACAUAAAUCUACGGACUUAUCUUACCAUCCAGGGACAACUUACGCUCCAGAAAAUGUGCUUUUACCUGCAACCUACCAUAAGAAUUUUGGAAAUCCUUGCAUCAGUUGCCAACUCUAUAAAUAGGGCAAGUAUUAAAUGUUACACGAUAAUUUAUAUAGGAUACUGAUGGUGACUAUUAGGUAGAGUUUUACUGUACUAUUUCUAUUUUGUAUUAGCAAAAUUCAACUCAGUGGUUGAAAUAAACUCAAAACUUUGAUAACUCCAUUUCUUGCAUCCUUUUAAAUUACCUAAAAUCUAAACUGUGCAAUCAUUGUAAAAAAAAAGGGGGGGAAAUCCUGUAUAGAAAACUCAUCAGAAAGCUUAGUAGUGUGUUUUAACUAACAUUUUAACUAUUAAAGUAAUAUAUUUCAAUUAUUUUUUUUAUUUGUUUCAGGGUAAAUGUAUUGGUGGAGCAGUUUUGAGUCUGCUUCAUGAGAAAACAGCUUCACUGAUUGGGUAAAAGACAUUUUAAAAUGUUUUAUAUUUUUGUGUUAAAAACCCAAUAAACACUUGUGAAAUAGGUCUAGCUUUGUAGUUAUUUAAUCAGAUGUUAGAUGAACAUAGAACUUAAAAAUCAUGUAAAUUAAAGGAGUAUUACAGAUGAAACAACUAACAAUUGUUGGUUAAUUUGAUACUUGGUCAAUUUGUAUGUUGAUUUAAAAUUUAUUUGUACUACUUUUUUUUUUGGUUUACUUAUGAGGACUUAAUGCAAAAGUUGAUUAUUUCUCUUAAAGGGACAGCAAGAGUUCUGAGCUAUGUCUUUAUCUAACACAGACAGUGAGUAUGGCAAAUGUGCUUUUAUUGUAUGGAAUAUUGGUGAAUUAAAUAUAAGAAUCAUGCAGGCUAUGAAAUGUAUAGAUCUUUAUGUUGUAAUUUUUUUUGUUAAUUAUUUUCAGGCAUGUGUGCCUUACAUGGAAAUCUUAGAGAAGUGGAUUUAUAGAGGCAUCAUUAUGGAUCCUUACUCAGAGGUAACAGCUAACAGGGGUCUUGCUUUGUUGAGUACUGUCAUAAAAAUGGGGAAAAAGUCAUUACAUUUUGCCAUCAAUUAAAUUAAUUAGAGUCCAACUACUAUCAAAAACCCAAUGAAGGAUUUUGUAUACACUUUUGCCAGAUUCCUGAAAAUAGAACUAUUAGUUCAAGAUUCUUGACAUAGAUCUAUGUUAUAAACACAAAAAAACUUCUCUUACUCUGCGUAAAUAACUUUACGGACCAUUUAAAGACAUGUUUUAUACUUUGUUGCUAAGUCAUACAGUGAAAUGUGACGAUUAGUCCAUAAAUAAACAGUUGAUUAAAAAAAAGGCUGAAAGAAUUUUGAACUCCAAUCAUAUGUUUUUAAGCAACUUCCCAAAGCUCAAAAUUUAAUCAACUGUUAAUUUAUAUUUAUGCAAUAUGAAGAUUGAAAUACAUACCAAAAUGUAAUAAGGGCUUUUUUCAGUUCCUAGUAGAGGAGAAUGCAACCAUCAAUAAAGAAAAACUACAAGAGGACUACAACGAUGCAUAUCCUUUUCUAUGAGUCAAACAAUAAUCUCAUGGGCCAAGUGAAGUUAAAUCAUUUCAGACAGGUUCAUUCAUUAUUAAAAAUAGUAGAACAUCACUGGCAGAAGUAAUGAUGAAGAGCUCAAUUUUAUUAGUAAAAUCUUACCAAAUGCUUUUUAAGUCUUCAAAAUGAUGCAUAAAGAAAGAUAUCAUUUAAUAGAUCCAACUUAGUUUCAUUUGCAAUCAACUGUGGCUUGUUUCCUUUUGUCAUAAUAAAUAGGACCAUGGAAAAACUUUGGAUAUAUCGAUAAUAAGUUAAUUACUUAAUGAAUGUCAGGCUUAAAGAAUGUGUGUGGCCAUUAAAGUAGGUUUAUGGAUAUUGAAAUGGUCAUGCAUGCUGGCAUCAGUACCAUAAGUGUAUAGACUGGACGAUUGUUUCUUAGGUUUGUUGUUAUUCACUACUCUUCCUUUAACUCUUGGUGGGACAUGUAGCAGUUAUGGUUACUUACCAUCUAUUCCCAAAUCCUGUGACAUUAGCCAUAUUUAAACUUGUGGCCUGUUAUAGUUCUUUUAUAAUGAAAGAUAUAAACAAAAUAAAAAUAAAGCAAUACAGCCCACUCGGCAAAUCAGUUUCAUGAUUGUCCUUAACCUCAUACACUUAUUGGGAAAAACACUACUCUGUUUUCCAAGAAAGAAUUCCAGUAUUCCUGGAGCAAGUAGCAGACAAAAUACUUAACACUGGAAAAUACCUGAAUGUUGUCAGACAAUGUGGUAAGUAAAUAAAUUCUUACUAAUUUAAAUAUUUGGCAUCAAAAAAACAAAAUUUUUGGAAUUUUUCCAAGUUGCUAUAUAAGCGUCUAGAUUUUAUUUUUUAAAUAUUUUUUUUAUAUUCAUAAAAUAUAUAACUUGUUUUUUUAUUAUCUACUAGAAUAAAUGACCCGAUAUUAUCGGAAUAAUAAUGUUAGUUCCUUUGCGUAAAUUUCUAAGUGAUAUUGCAAAAAAUUAUUACAAUUUAUAACUUUAAACAUAUAAUGCUAUUUACAUUUCUAACACCAUUAAGUUUUGAGAAGUAUUUAUCUGCUAUAUAAUAUAAGCCUAUUUUACUCCCUUUCACGCUCCUAAACUACUUUUUUUACCCUCUAAAAAUGACCUCAAAAUACCCCGUCUAACUUAUCACUACUUAUAUUAAUUUUGUCUCUAAAGGAGUUAAUUAAGGGACAAUUACUAUCUUAGAGAAAUACUUAAGUUUUACCCCUUUUCGUGCCCUUGAAUUACAAAUUUUUUUCUCAAAAAAUUUAAAUAAAAAAAAUCUUAAAUUUACAUCAAAAACUAUAUACAUGAUGUAAGUAUAUUUUAUAUGACAGGAAUUCGAUGUGUAUUGAUAUCUUCAUCAAAAUUUAAACAUAUUUAUGCCUUUAAAAAAAAUAAUAUAUUAUCAGAGACUCGUAAAACAAAGAAUUAUUUUAUCUAAAUAAGAAUCUCGCAAUCAUUUUUCACGCUUAAAACAGACUUGAGUAUCUUUUUAAAAAAUUUUAAUUCUUCAUCUCAUUAAAAUACAAACCUCUUUACUUUUUGCAAAGUAAAAUCAAAAUUAUAUUUUAAUUUUUUUAAAGUAAAUAUUAACCCAUCUCCAUUUUUCAAAAUUACCUUUUCAAGUGUUUAAAAUGAUUGGGUUUUGAUAUUUAAGGGUAUGCUUAUAUAAUUGUAACGUCAUUGAUUUUCUUAAUUGGUAAACAUAUGUUUAUUUGUAAAAAGAGAAUUAAAAAUCUCUUUUUUUACAAAUGUUAUACCAUAGGAUUUAAAUAUAUUGUCAUCCACGUAAAAAUGCACACAUCCUUUUUCCUAUCACCGAUAUGAAUGUACCCAAGGAGGUUAAUUAUUGAUCAAAUUCAUUCCCUUAUUUUGAGGCGUAUCUUGUAUUGCCAUGGGCAAAAUGAAAUUACCCAUAUUUGUAAACAGAGAAUGUAACAUUUCUUUUUUUUAAAGGAAUACCAUAGGAGUUAACAAUGUUGUCAUCCACCUAAAACUAUACACAUCUUAUCGCCUACCUCCAACAUGUAUUUACCCAAGAAAAUUAAUUAUUUAUCAAUCUCAUUCCUUUGUUUUGAGACGUAUCUUGUUUUUAGACAGAAAAAGGGCACGAAAAGGGGUAAAUCUAAAGUAUUUCUCUAGCGUAGUAAUUGUCCAUCAAUGUACUUCUUUAGUGACAAAAUGUUAUAUAAUUAGUGAUUACUUAGACUGGGUAAUUUAAGGUCAUGAUUAGAAGAGGAAAAAGUAGUUUAGGAGCGUGAAAGGGAGUAGGGUAGGAGUAUAAUAUAUAGCAGAUGAACACCUCUAAAAAUUUAAUGAUGAUAGAAACGUAAAAAUCAUUUUAUUUUUAAAGUUAUGGAUUGUGAUGAUUUUUUACAAAAGCAGUUAGAAAUUAUCGCAAAGAACUACCAUUAUUAUACUGAAAACAUCGGGUUAUUUAUUCUAGUAUUGCCUUGGGCAAAAUGAACUUACCCAUUUUGUGAAAAGAGAAUGUAACAAUCUUUUUUUCAUAAAUAAAAUCCCAUGGGAGCUAACUAUAUUGUCAUUCACGUAAACAUGUAGACAUCUUAUUUCCUACCUCCGACAUGUAUUUACCUAAGAAGGUUAAUAAUUUAUCAAAUUCAUUCCUUUAUUUUGAGACGUAUCUUGUGCUGUCUUGGGCAAAUUGAACUUAUACAAAUUUGUAAAAAAAGAAUGCAACAUCUCUUUUUCACUAAUGUAAUACCAUAGGAUUUAAUAUAUUUUCAUCCACGUGAAAAUGUACACAUUCUAUUACCUACCUCCUAUAUGAAUGUACCCAAGAAGAUUAAUUAUUUAUCAAAUUCACUCCUUUAUUUUGAGACGUAUCAUGUGCUGCCUUGAGCAAAAUGAACAUAUACAUAUUAAUAAAUAUUUGUAAAAAGAGAAUAUUGCAUCUCUUUUUUCACAAAUGUAAUAACAUAGGAGUUAAUCAUGCAAGUGAAAAUAUUCACAUCCCAUUACCUACCUCCAACAUGUAUGUACCCAAGAAGGUUAAUUAUUAAUCAAAUUCAUUCCUUUAUUUUAAAACGUAUCUUGUGCAGACGUUAGCAAAAUGAACAUAUAAAUAUUUGUAAAAAGAGAAAGUGGCAUACCUUUUUUCACAAAUGUAAUACCGUAGGAUUUAAAUAUAUUGUCAUCCUCGUAAAAAUGUACACAUCCUAUGUCCUACCUCCGAUAUGUAUACCAAAGAGGGUUAAUUAUUUAUCCAAUUCAUUCCUUUAUUUUGAGACGUAUCUUGUGCUGCCUGGGGCAAAGUGAACAACCCCUCCCCACCCAGAUUUAAUAAAUUUAGAAAAUCUUUCACCGGAUUGUAGUCCUUUCCAUACCCAUACAAACAUAUUUUGCACUUCAUAUGGUUCGUUCUUAUUUGUAUAAGUUAUAAGUGGAUUAGUGAAUGCUAUUUGGCUGUGGAAGUGCGCUGCGUGAUUGGCUUAAACUGCAUUAUAUUUAAAGGUUAGAAUUUAUUACAUUAUAAUUUUAAUCAAGUAUAUUUUUGGAAUAAAAAAGGCAAAACUUUUUAAAUGUUAAAAUAUUCAAAGCUAAAAUGUGUGUGUGUUUUAUUAACAAUUCAAAAAGCAAUCAAUUGUAUUUAUUAAGUUUACUUUUAAAAGGGAAAAUACAUUAUCAGUUUUGUCCAGCGCGGUUAUUAAAUUUAAAGAAACCUAAAUGUUUUGGCAAAAUAGGCUAUUAAUGAUAUGAAGUAAUUGGUGUGAUUAUUUAGAACAAAUUAAUUUUAAUUUUAAUUGGCAAUUUAACAACGCACUAAAAGACGCACUAAAAACUACUGAUGUCUGGGUUUUCCCGAUAAAUGUGAUAAUGGUGUAAUUCUUUGAGCAUGAUUUUUAAAUUUUUUUUUAUUUUUUCAUUACUUUCAAACACAUAAUAUAAAAUGCUUAAAAUAGUUCCUUAGUUGAUACUUUAAAUGUAUUUGUUAUAAUAAAAUUUAAACUUUUACUAAAAUAAAAGCGGAUUUAAAAUAUUUUUUGCACAUUAAAAUUUAUUCGAUUUCCGUAAAAUAAUAGAAAAUAACUAUGAUUGUUUUUAGGAAUCCGAAUGUACUUAAAAAGUUCUCCCUUUUGGCGUUAUGUGAACCUAGCUCAUUCUUAUAUAUAUGGUAUACAUCUUCCUUACUUUUUGAAAGGUGAAAAUGUUUAAUAUGUAAUGAAAUAUCACUUUGGCUUUACCCAUUUCAUUUAAAGGUGACUUAUAAAACAACGUUCAAACGUUAAUUUAAAUGUAAAAGACAAAAAUUGUGUCAUGUUGGAUUAUUAUUAUUUAUAUUUUCAUUUCCUAUUUAAAAUUUCUUCCUUUUCACUAUAUAGAUUAAUCUUUUACAAAUUGAAAGCAUAGCGUGAUGGGUCACCGAGCCAAAUUAUAAAAAUAUUUAUACCAUUCGAGAGUAAUGGAACCAUCUUUUUAUUUAAAGGUCGAGAUGUGAAGUGUCCAUUUGCAGAGGAACUUGUAUAUACAGUGAAGGAGAGAAGAUACUAUGACCAGAUAGAACGUGCUUACAGUUAUGCCAGCCAAUUGUUGCUCACCCUACUCAUGGAAGAGAAAGAACUGUUAGCAAGAUUGAAGUAAGUCCUUGUUUUAGUCAGACAUAAUCAUAUACACCUCUCUCCAAUAAACUUUUGAAGAAAAAAAUAUGUAGGUCAUUUAUUUUAUUGUAAAUGUGUUCCAUAAAAUAUGAGUAAUAGCUGUCUUCUCGUUAAUGAAAACUUGUAUUUGUUAUUGAGGACUGUUAUCAUCCAACAAAAGGCUGACAAUGUUCAUCUUUUAAUAAAAGAAUUAUUUGGAGUAAAUGUUCGUUUUUAUUAAAUUUGAUUUGCUGAGUUCUUGCAUUUGGUUUAAAUCAGGUCCAUAAAACAUUACUUCCUGCUGGAUAAAGGUGACUUUAUAGUGCAAUUUAUGGACAUGACAGAAGUAGAAAUGAAACAACACAUUGAUGACAUCCUGCCAUCUCGAUUAGAAUCUCUGCUGGAGCUGGCUCUUAGAACUAGCACAGCAAACGUUGAUCCAUUCAAAGAUGACCUGAGGUGUGUCCCAGUUAACAUAAUAGUCAAAAAGACAGAUAACAUACAUGACUUUGAUUGGUUUAGACCUUUAAUUUAAGACAUUAAACUAUUUUCUUUCUGAAGAAUAGAACAACCUUUUUCACAUGUAUUUUAUCCUAAUAUUUGCUCUAUUAAUGACAGUUAUUUACUCUACUCAAUUUUGUCAUAACAGGGUUGAUUUGCUUCCAUUUGACCUGACUUCACAGCUCCUUCAGAUUCUAGCCAUUGACUCUAAAAAAGAAAAAGGUAAGUAUUUGUAGAGUUUUUAGUUUCCUAAGCCAAAUUGAUAUAAAUGUUUUUAAAAUGAUUUUGAGGUAACUUACUUCUAAUUUAUUAUUUAUAUAUUUUUAAUUAAAUUUUGUUGUCACUCUACUGAUUAAAAAUCUUCUUAAUUGAUUAUAAUGAAAACCAAACACACUUACAAAUCUAAGCAUACAAUCGUUAGUUAUUGUCAAUAGUUGAAGAAAAAGAUUUGGCAAAAAUGUUCUUUUUUAAAUGCAAUGUAAAGUGUGAAAGAUGCAAAUGAUGAAAACUGUAUCAACCCAGAAUCACAUGAUGGCUGCUGUACAUGGAACCACUGAUGCGUUUGUCACACAACAUGUUGUCAUUAUUUUGUUGCUAAUGCAUUUUCCUUGUUUACAGAAUUCAGAAUUGAUCCAACAGACAUUCGACUGUCUGGGCUGGAAUCUUUUUCUUUUGAUUAUGUUGUCAAGUGGCCGACAUCUUUGGUUUUAAGCCGAAAGGUAAGUCUUGAGAAAUGAUUUUGUUACAUUUAUUUUACUGAGUAACCUUUGUGUUCAUCAUGAUACAGUGUUAGAUUUAAUUUACCGUCACUUUAUAUACCGGACUGUAUUAUAAAUUAAAAAAUUAAAUAAUGGUUUCUUAUUUUAUCAGGCCCUGACACGUUACCAAAUACUAUUCAGACAUCUGUUCUAUUGCAAGCAUGUGGAAAGACAAUUGUGCAAGUAAUAAUUCUCUUACACUUCCAUUACUAACUAAUUUAAGUAAAAGUUUAAUUUAUUGAGAGGGAUGAAGAAAAUACUUUUUUGCCUGGAUAAUAAUUCCAAUUUACUCAUUCUAAAUCUUUGAAAAUUAUUUGAAUUAUCCUCAUAAAAAAAUUAAAAAUCUGUGGUCAAUACUAUUAUUUAUUGAUCUUUCUUUAGUGUAUGGAUAGGCAACAAGCAAACUAAAAUGUAUGCCUUAAGUAGCUCUCGAUGGUAUUCUGCCGCCUUCGCCCUUAGACAGCGCAUGCUGAAUUUUGUACAGAACUUUGAAUACUACAUGAUGUUUGAGGUUAUUGAGCCCAACUGGCAUACUUUUCAACAGAACAUGGCCAGGGUAAAACAUUUAAUGUAAAUAUCGUGCAUUACAUAAAUAUUGUCUAAUUUUAUUCAGUUGCUUUUUAAGCCCAAACACACUUGUAAAAUGAGAGCAAAAACUGUAUCUUAAUGAGUAACUUAAGUAAUUGCUAUGGUGACAGUUUUUCAUGUUUUAUUUCUGUUAAGCGUUUGUAAAGUAUAAAAAAAUAUCUUUUACAGGUGUCAAAUGUUGAUGAUGUCUUGGCAUUUCAUUGUGACUUUCUAGACUCCUGUCUCAAAGAUUGUAUGUUGACGUCUACAGAAUUGCUGAGAAUUGUUCACAAGCUACUGGUCGUGUGUGUCACUUUCUCUAAUUAUGUUCAGGUAUCUUAUUUUCUCAGCCAGUCCUAAAUGUCCGGAGGGGUGUUUUAUUUUAAUUUUAAGAUUUCAAAAUGUAUUAGCUUUUAUUUAUCAAGUGCAGAAUAUAUGAUUGCAAUAAUGCCUUUAUUUGUUUUAAUGUACUUAGAGAGUGAACCAAACGACUACGGUAGAAAAUGAGAUGGAAAGGCUACGAGACAGCACAUUGCAAUCUACAAUGAGCAAUCGAGAGCGUAGAGAGGACCUACAGAAGAAAAAGACAGCCACAAAGGUACAUCAAGACUAUUGUCAUUUGUGAACAUUUUAUCAACAUAUUGUAAAAUUUAAUAAUAGAUUCUGUUGCUGCUUACAUUUCUGUUGUAUUAGUAUUAAAUUUUCAAUACUGAGAUUCUAUGUUACUAUGUUAUUUUUAUUUUCAUCCAUAAUUACAAAUGCAAUUUUACACUAAAAUGAGAUGUGUUUCCUAUGAAAAAUUUACAUAUUUCUUCCCAUAUUUUCCUGAAAGUAUUUUAUUUUUAUGACAUCAUGAAAUGUGGUGGCUGCAUGUGAUCUUUUCAGGUCAUGUCAGAAUAUGUUGGACAAGUCCUGGUAGAUGAGAACUUUGAGCAAACAAUUGCUACGUUUGACAAUAACUUUUCACGGCACCUGCUUGAACUGUUGGAUAAAAUCAUGGACGAAAAUAAGACAACUUAUGAGCACAAGCUGUUCAACAUUAUUUACAGGUUAGAUUUCAAGGCAAAAUAAUAAAGAUUUUCUAAUAGUAACUCCUCGUAUAAAUUAACCCCUUCUUUCAGUUAUACACAAUACAGAAGGAUUUCAGAAUGUUUCAGAUUAAUUUUCUUCUUCUUUCCACUCCAGGCAUGAAUUUUAUAUGAAAGAAUUAUUAAAGAAAAUGUAAUCCUUUCAAUGUAUAUUUAAAAUGGGUUACAAAUGAAAAUAUUAAAUAAGAACACUGUUUAAAAAAAUUGUGUCUAUUUUCAGACUAGAUUUUAACGGAUUCUACACUGAAAAGUUGGAGGCAAUAUCUGCAGAAAGAGCAUUGAAAGAUCAUUCCUUUGUAUCAGAUUCCAGCAGUCAUACAAAUAGUAAAUAUUCUUGUCUAUAGACUUUUCUAUUAGAUAUUUAAAGAGUUUGCUUUAGAAAAGUUUAAACCAAUUUUUGGAAAAUUAAUAAAGAAAGAGAAAAGAGAUUGUUAAACCUUUAAAAAAAUAUAUAUUCUGUUGUAAGCCAAAGAAUAUUAAAUUUUCAUAUAAUAAAAUAUACUGGGUUGUGUGAUCUAUAGAUUUAAGUAUAUUCAAACUGAGUAAAAAAAAACAAAAUAAACUCAUCAGGUUCCAGUGGCUCCAUGCCUACGUCCUUCACAACACAGCGACCAGAUGGUGCCAGGUAUGUUCCAGGACAAUACAAAGGAAGGAAAGGCUCAGCUACAGGCUUGGACAAGUAAUCUCUUCAUCUUUCAGCGAUGGGAAAUCUCAAUACUGCCGUCAACUUUUCCAUAGACUCUUAACAUGUAUGAUGAAGUGAAAAACUUGAAAGAUAGAUAUUUGAAGAUGUGCUACCAACCCAACAUCUCUAAUUUAAUUGGAUUAUUGUGGUAGUGGCUGUUACGAGAAUAUGAGAUUGAUGAAUUUAAACUAAAAGAAAUCUGAUAUUUUGAUAGCUUGCCACUCCUGUAGUCAAAAUGAAAAGAAAACUGAUCACGGCAUUCAACUACUAAUGAGAAAGACGUAACAUUUAUCAUUUUUAUUUCUCCUUGAUCUUGUCAAUUUUGAUUUGUCCAGAUUGACCCCAGAUUUUUCUGGUAUUAAGACCACACACAAAUCUGUGGGCAUUAUUAAAUUGUUUCAAGAUUUCAUCUCACUUAUCCAGCUGAUAACAAAGUGAAUUUUGUUUCUGAGGUCAUUUAAACUGAAUGAAGUAUCUGAAUUGGAUAAGUUUAUUUAUUUGAUGUGCUGCAGUUGCUUUUCCUGGACUUUUUCUGUUUGAUUGCUUUAAAUAUGUGCACACAUAGAAGAAAAUUGUUUAAUAGCAAUCUGUGAUAUGGACAAUUUGUUUAACAUAUUCAUAUAUUCACUUAAGAUCGAAAUAUUGUUUUCAAACGAAUUGUAAAUAUUUUUUUAGAUUAUUUUAUAACAAAGUUGCCUUAAAUGAGUACUGCUGAAAUGCACUUAAGGCCUCUAGUUCUUAAAAUAUUUCAUCAUUGACUGCACUCAUUUUCUGACUUGUUAAUAUUGCAUGUAUAAUCAAACUAAACCAUUAAAAAAUGUAAGCUAGUUCUUAAAAUUUGUUUCUAGUUCUAAAGAAAUUUUACAAAGACCAUUUUUUUAAAAAUUCAAAUAUUAGUCUCUUUAAAUUAAUUUUCACUUUUCCAAAUGCAUAUUUUCAUAGGCCCCGCUUCCUUACAACCUUUAACUUGACAAAGUAUUUAAAAAAAAACAGAAAACACAUUUUAAAAAUUAUUUUUAUUAGUUUUCAAAAAAUUAAUAUUGGAAGCAUAUAUCACAAACAAAUUUUAAAACAUAAUUCAAAAUAUACUUUACAAAUAAAUUAGUUAUAACUUAAUGGUAAUACAUUUUAAUUAUUGCUACUUGUUUAAUCCCUUGAAUUAUAUUUUUGUUGUGCUGUUCAUACCAAUAAAACGUUUUAAUUUUGACAUGGUAAAAUUUGCUAUUUUUCUUCUAAGCAUGUAUCAUUGUAUCAUGUAGUUUUUUAUAGACUUUUCAACUUAAAAAAAACAACAAAUUUACUGCUAUUAUUAGCAUUCAUUACUUUACCAUUGACAAAAAAUAAAUCUGUUUACAUUGUUUUCAAAAUUUAAUUAUUCUCUUUAUUUAACAUAUCAUCCAUUUCAAACUUGCGCAUACAGUCAUUAAAAAUCAGUUCAGCAUUUAAUAAAUAACAUUUAUAUUUAUAAAGAAAUCAUACCAAAAAAAAUACUGCUGUAGUAAAAUCAUAUGGUAUUUUUUAAUAUUUUUAAUCAAGUGUUAAAAUCAAUGUUAAAUAUUUUUUCAGAACACAUUUAUCGGAGGUGCUCUCUUUUAAAAUCAUUGCUCAUAUGAGUAUUACUAAUUACAUUAAAAUGUUAAAACUAUACAUUGCUCACAUGAGUAUUACAUUGAAAUGUUAAAACUAUACAUCGCAACAACAAAAAAUACAAUACUGACAUACGACUUCACCAUGCAUUUUUUUAUAAACAAUUUACUACAUGAAAUAAUCAGCAAAUCAGUUAAUGCUUACAAAUGGUCAUUUACGUUCACAUUAAGCUAUAUGGUCAAAACAAACACUCAAAAAUAUACCAUGCUCAAUAUUUGAAACUUGAAGUCUCAACUUAAAUUUUUUUGAACUUGUGAAAUCUCACAGAUUAAACUUAUAUAAUUACACUAACAUAAUUACAAUUUUAUUUUAUAGCUUCCCAUUAUGUGUUACUCAUUGGCUUUGUUAAUAAGGCCUGACGGUUGCAGCAAGACCUCUAAGAGCCCACCUUGAG